AUGGGUCACUUGAACCGCCCAAAUCAAAAUGAAGACGACAUUUCCGACGAGCUUUCGCUCGAAGAAGAAGAAAUCGAAGAUGGCGAAAUCGAAGUUGAAGAAGGCGAAGUUGAAGUCGAAGGCGAUGUCCAGGAAGGCGCCCGUCGAAAUUUUCCUAGGGAUGAAUUUGUCUGGCGACAGUGGACACCACAGCCGCAGGUGCCCUUGUUAUUGCCACUACCUAGGAACUCGUUGGGCAUCAUUAGACCCACUGCUGCCGCCUAUCAGCUACCACUAUUCCAACUGCCAUGCCCUUUUGGAACUGUGCUGCGACCGCCACCGAUUGCCGUAAGCAUACCGAUAACACACUUGCCUCAAAAUCGUCCACAACAGGGUACCCUUAUUAGAAUGAGGAACGGAGGUCGCCUUCUUCUGAUUUUUAGUAACCACGUACAAAACCGCCAGUUCGCAGAUCGACACAAUCGAACAUCGAACAUCCAAAAUAUUCCGCCUCCCAGAAUGCCCCGACGGGAAAGUCGACUUCUCCAAAUGCAUAGACGGCGCCACAGAUUUCCGAGGUCACCUUCAACGACGCCACCACGGUCGUUCUGCUACGGAAACUCCGCCAUCCCCAAAAGGCUUCAUCGGCAUAAUGCAGUGAAAGUGGCACGGAGGCCAUUAUCCCAUUCGGUUAACCGUAAAUCGAGUAAACCCGGCCACCAUCACAAAAUGAAUGUACUUACAAUAACUGUAAGAAAUCCUCAGUUGGACGAUGAGGAAGAAGAUAACGACGACGACGACGUAGAACAGACUUCCGAGGCCUACAAAGACCUCACCUCUUACCAUCGUGAUAGUGACGAUGACGACCAUUAUAACCUAAGUAUAUUAUAA